UUUCCUCUCAUUCUCAGUGCUCUUAACUAAUUAAUAUUCCCAUGGCAGCUAAUCCUCUCUUUCAGCUCUUCUUCCUCAUUGCAAUUCUCUCCCUUUCUCCAGUCGUCAUAAUUUCCUCCUCGCCGGCCGUUCAGGACCCCGAGCAAGUGGUUCAAGAAGUGAAUGAGAGAAUCAACAAUGCAACGAGGAGGAAGCUUGGGUUUCUCUCCUGCGGAACCGGCAACCCCAUGGACGAUUGCUGGAGGUGCGAUCCAAACUGGGAGAAGAACCGGCAGCGCCUAGCCGACUGUGCUAUCGGCUUUGGCAAGCACGCCAUUGGCGGCAGAGACGGUAAAAUUUACGUGGUGACCGACGCCGGAGACGACGAUCCUGUGAAUCCGAAGCCGGGGACUCUCCGGUACGCCGUGAUCCAGGACGAGCCGCUCUGGAUCAUAUUCCAGCGCGACAUGGUGAUCAAGCUCAAGGAAGAGUUGAUGAUGAAUUCCUUCAAGACGAUCGACGGCCGGGGAGCCAGCGUCCACAUCGCCGGCGGACCGUGCAUCACGAUCCAGUACGUGACGAACAUCAUAAUACACGGCCUCCACAUUCACGAUUGCAAGCAAGGGGGGAACGCCAACGUGAGGGACUCGCCGGAGCACUACGGGUGGAGGACGGUGUCUGACGGCGACGGGGUGUCGAUCUUCGGCGGGAGCCAUGUCUGGGUGGAUCACUGCUCGUUGGCGAACUGCAACGACGGGCUGGUUGAUGCGAUACAUGGAUCGACAGCCAUCACCAUCUCGAACAAUUAUAUGACGCAACACAACAAGGUGAUGCUAUUGGGGCACAGUGAUACCUAUACGCAGGACAAGAACAUGCAGGUCACCAUCGCCUUCAACCACUUUGGGGAAGGCCUUGUGCAAAGGAUGCCCAGAUGUAGACAUGGUUAUUUUCAUGUGGUGAACAAUGACUAUACCCACUGGGAAAUGUACGCAAUUGGUGGCAGCGCGGCUCCUACAAUCAAUAGCCAAGGCAAUAGGUUUACGGCUCCUAAUGAUCGGUUCAACAAAGAGGUUACGAAACACGAGGAUGCGCCGCAGAGCGAGUGGAAGAACUGGAAUUGGAGAUCUGAAGGAGACCUAAUGCAAAAUGGGGCCUUCUUCAUGCCGAGCGGGGCAGGAGAAAAAUCGUCAAGCUACGCCAAGGCGUCUAGCCUGGGGGCAAGACCCUCUUCCCUGGUGAGCUCAAUAACAUCAGCAGCGGGAGCGCUUGCCUGCAGGAAGAACUCCCGUUGCUGAGGAUCAAUUCUAUACAUUAACUAGCAGCAAAUUAUAAUUAAGGCAAUUAAUUGUUUGUUUGACCUGAUCAUCAUAUAUAGUAUAUAUAUAUAUACUGCAAACAAGCUAAGCCUGUUUCUAAGAAAACCCGGUUGGGAUUGGAAGGAAACAAGAGCUGAAGUGUUGGUGAUAAGUCAAUCAAUACAAGUUCCAGUGUAAAAUUAAUUAAUGUACUACGAUAUAUAUAUAUAUCUAGAGAAACAUAUAAUUGAUAAAUAGUUAUAGCUUGUCGUGUGCAUUGUUAUCCAUGUCAGACAAAUAUCUUCUACUCAAUUCUCUCUAAUUAAUUCCAUGUC